GCGGCGCGGCCCCGAGCCGCGAGCCGGAAAGUUUGGCGAGUUCGCCCCGCGCCCGGGGCCGCUUCCUGCCGCCGGGGGCCGGCCAGGGAUGCAACAGGACGCGGCGGAGCAGAGCGGCUUCCCCUGGCAGGACGCGCUCGGCGAUGCCAGCCUCCGCCUCCCGUUCCGCUGCCCGCGCUGCGGCGAGCGCAGCCGGUUCCGGAGCCUGUCGGCGCUGAGGGCGCACCUGGAGUACGGCCACGGCUACGAGGAGCGGAGCGCCCCGCCCAAAGGCGGCCCGCCGUCCCCGCGGAAGGGCGCGGGCCCGGCCUCGCCUCCGGAGCCCUGCGGCCCGGGCGGCGCCACGCGGUGCGCGCCCCGCGCCGGCUUCUGCGACGCCUCGAGCGGCAGCGCCGACGGCCGGCGGGCGCUGGAGGCCGAGCGGGGGCCGGUCUGCUGCCUGGCCGGCUAUGCGCCCGCCGGCUCGCCCGGCUCGCGGCUCCCCUCGCCCGUCCUGCCCGCCGCCGACUCCAAGGCCUCGUUCGAGGCGCACGUCAGGGAGAAGUUCAACAGGAUGGUGGAGGCCGUGGACAAAACCAUCGAGAAGCGGAUCGACAAGCUUACCAAAGAGCUGGCCCAGAAAACGGCGGAGCUGCUGGAGGUGCGGGCGGCCUUCGUGCAGCUCUCCCAGAAGAAGCAGGAGGUGCAGCGGCGGGAGCGCGCCCUGAGCCGGCAGGUGGACGUGGCGGUGGAGAUGAUCGCGGCCUUGAAGCAGCGGCUCACCGAGUCCGAGGAGGAGCUGCACCGCAAGGAGGAAGAAGUUGUUACUUUCAACCACUUCCUCGAAGAAGCAGCAGAAAAAGAAGUGAGGGGAAAAGCCAGACUCCAGCACUUCAUCGAGAACCUGUUGCAGCGUGUGGAUCUGGCAGAAAGGCAGCUAGAGUAUUACCAAAAUCAGCAGAUUGCGUGCAACCACACGGGUGGCAGUGACCACGUGUUUACAGACAUUUCAUUAAACAAGAAACCCAGAUGCCUGAGCCGAGGAAGUCAGCACACUUCAUAUAACAUCCCUGACACAAAGCCUCAUUCCUUUCAAAAAGGAAGAGGCUUGCUGAAAAAAGCAAAGGAAGAGAAAACCAGCUUGCAGCCAGUCAGAUGCUUCUGUGAACCUGUUGAUUGCCCAAGAGAAAUAUGGAGAGCACAAAAGAAGGGUGAACCAGUCUGCUCUGCCCGGAAAUUGAGUGCAAAGUCCAAGAUGGGUAAAAAGGCCAAACAGCUAUAAGAGCAGCUAAAGAUACACAGUCACGCAGGAGCUUGGCUUCGGCAGAACAAAUACUGAAGUUAAUCAUCCCACUUUUUCCUAUCGGUCUGGCCACAUCAAACAUAUCAAAUAAAAUAUAAGGGAAUAUAUGGCAUAUUUAUAUUAUUUAGUAACGCCAUUCCUUCUUUGGGCACUAAAAGAGAAGGGACAUUUUAUUCAGUUUACAUGGAGGGUUUUCUAUCUAUUUAUUUAUUUAUAGAGCUUAUUUUAAAUGACUGCAGUUAUCUUGCGGGGCAAUACUGUGGCUGUAUGUUUAAUUAUUUUAGUGCCAGCAUGUGGCUUGGUAAUUUAUUUUCCAUCUAUGCUGUUGCUGAAGUUCAGAAGAAUCCAUUUAAUCGGCACCCAAAUAAUCACUCUUCCAGCUUAGACGGGCAUAAGAUCAAUGAUUAACUGCUACCUGUGCAGGCAUACUUAGAUGCAAAAAGCUUAUCUGAGUUGCUUGGAGGCUGUUAACAGCAGCAGAUUGCUACCCUGCCUGUUGGGCCCUUCUCUAAACCUGGCAGUGCAGCCCUCACCUGCAUGGAGCGCGCUGAGCCCGGGUGGCAGCUGGCAGCAAGCAGCAGCAGCUGGAGGGCAGUGAGUGCAGACCAGAGCAGCACACUGCAUUGCAUGGCACCCUGCGUGAGGCUGCGCCCUUCAGAUCUUUAUCUCCAUGAAGAAUCCUUCCAAGGAUAAUAGAUUCUGGAAUUUCAACUGCAAACCCAAGAGUGAGGAAGACUGCAGGAGGGGAAUACCUGUGUUUACAGUGGUUUGUGCCAAUUAAAAGGAUCCUUAUUUAUCAGAGUGUAUAUCAAGAUGAUUUUUCCAUGUGUACAGUUUUUUGGUAACAUGAAUCCUCAUACCAUGUUUACAAAUAGGAACAUCCUGUCUCUGUUACCGAUGGGAUUUGUUUUCUCAAGAAAAAGAAUAGGUGGGACAAGUCUGCGUAAUUUAUUUUUAAAUGCUCAUAUAACAGAUGUAAAUUGCUUUUGUGGAAGGUGAUUUUUACAGUAUGUGUCUAGAGAUUUGUGAAAAAUGUUUUUCAUUUUUAUAACUGACUGCAAGCAGAAAUGAGUUUUAAAAGACAGCGUGUCGCUAUGAUUACUGCUGCAAUAAGCACCUGAGCUGCAAUAUUUUUAGAGCAGAUGACCAGUCUGUUAGCUCAGAUCAGGUAACUACAGAUGUCAUACAUCUGUCAGUGCACAGAGCUCCCAGAAAGUAGCAGAGUGAAGAAAGAGUAUUAUUCCUCACUUCUAUUUUAAAUGGUGUUUGUGGAACAAUCAGAUAUAUGUUUAAAGAUUCUCAACAUCGUUUUGAUAGAAAGUCACAGUGUGAAACAAAUUCAGGUAUUUUGUUUGCAAUGACAUUUUAAUAUUUAACUCUGUCACAAGGCCACACUCGGCCUUACGCUAACCAUUGUGGUGGAAAGGAUUUGUCAGUUGUGUUGCAUGGGUUUUGGUCAGGUCACGCGUAAUGAGAACAUUCUUAGGCAAACCACAUCAUAGAAACUACCUUUGAUUUCUUCUGCUCCCACUUUCUACAGACAUGAAAACAACCCUUUUUUGAGGAUAAUGAAGGUGAUCUUUAGAAAGUAAAUAUGUUAUUCCAUUCCUUAAUUCACUUGACACAGAAAGUAUUAUUUUUACAUGCCUAUCUACUCUGUUUGUCACCAAAGUUAAGUGCAACUACUAGUUCACUAAUGAGAUAUUUAUUUUAUUAUUUAUUGCGCCAAAAUCUUGACUGUAAGUUGUCCUUUUUUGGGGAGAAGAGAAAAAAGAGAGUAAAAGAAGUUGCAUGUUCUUAAACUUUUCAAAUCCUAAUUUAUAGUUACUUGCUGAACAGAUGCUGGGUUAGUUAAUUGGAGAGAAAUUGGAUUGCACUGUAACCCCAGAUAAAAGUUUUUAGAAUAUAAACAUUCUAAUAAUAAAGUUAUAUUUCUCA